AUGAUUGGUGGCCGCCUCUUCAGGCGAAAGGGUGAACAAACGAUUACAAGUUCUCAGGAAAAGCUAGGUGUAUCAGAAAAUGAAAAAAUAUCAGACCAAAGAAGAGAUACAUGGUGGAAAGAAGCAUUAAGGCCAACCCCAAUCCCAGGGUUUUACCCCAUUCGAAAUUUUCUUGAAGAUGCUCAGUUGAACCCAGUGAAACCAACCUAUAAUUUUAAGAGUGAGGGGAGAAAGAGAGCAUCCAUCUAUGAGCAAUUGCCUGAUUUGACCUUGCCACAUAAUUUCAUGUACAACCCUCCUUCAUUUGUGGAACUGGCAGAGAAAAGACCUGCUACUUAUUCCUUUAAGAGUACUUCAAGGCAAAGCAACUAUUCAGUCUACAGAGAUAAGCAUAUAAACACUGAUCCUGGACGGUAUGAUCUUUUCCCUUCUCCAGUUCCCACUUUUCCAUCUAAGAGUUAUAUGUUUCGAUCUGCAGUUCAAAGACUUCCCAUUUUCUCCCCGAGACUAUUGUGUGGAGCUCCCCAUGGUAUGAGGGAGGGCACCAAUGGACAUGGCUCAGUUCUUUCCUCUCCAACCAUCUUCAUGAAGUACAGACACCUGAAACUUCUCCCUCAAUCUGGGAUCGACAUGCAUUACUCUAAGAAGAUUCUCAAAAAAGAAGGUCCAGGCCCAGGUGAGUAUGAAUUAAGGGAUGCCCAACCAAUUCCAAUACGAUCGUCCUUCAUAUCAGAAGUACCACGGCUGUUGCCAGCCCACACUAAAGUCCCUGGUCCAGGAUAUUAUUGGCCUACCAAGCAGUCACCAAGACAGCCUAGAACUAUUGCCAGUCUUGGACGGGAACAUACCAUUUUCUUUAGUAACGUACCUGAACUUUAGACUACCAAGCAUAUUACGUUCUGGCGCAUUAAUUCAUCCUCUGCAUCUUCAUUAAGACAACCUUGCCAAUUUUAUUCCUCUUGGUUUUAAAUGGAUUGUCAUGUUGUUACCCUUUGCAAAUGCUAUUUUAUUCAUGCUGCUUCCUAGCAUCCUAGAUUGUUUCUGGUUUUAAAUAAUGGCAUAUCCAAUAACUGUGGCUAGAUCAUGGCAUACCCAUGACUGAUUAUUUUAUAAUUUGUCUGAACUUA